UUUAUUUUUCUUUUCAAAACGAAGCUGGAACAUUCACAGAGUCUUAAACACAGCAAACAAAGACGGAUAGCAUUUCUCUGGGCAGUUUCUGGAAAAAGACAGUUGGAUCAGGACUGAGGACCUUGCUUGACUUUUUAUGCCUUGUUCACUGCGCUAUCUUGUGGUUCUGGAGGUAAUACAAUUUUAAAUGGGGGAAAGUCUUCCAAGGGUGCCAAGAGAAGCCCAGCACCACAAUGACACUUUGAGGAGACCAGUGCAGACCCUCAGGGUUAAGAUGGCACUUCUGGGAAGCUCUGGUGUGGGAAAGUCCAGUCUGGCUUUGAGAUUCUCCAAGAGACAGUUCGGAAGUACAUCACCUACUGUGGGCUGUGCCUACCUGACCCAGGUCGUGCAUCUGAGCAACGUCACUUUUCGAUUUGAAAUAUGGGACACUGCAGGGCAGGAGAAAUACCACAGCAUCGCCCCACUGUACUACAGAGGAGCCCACGCUGCACUUUUGGUCUAUGACAUCAGCAAAAGGGAAACGUUUAUCAGAGCUCAAGUGUGGCUCAAAGAGCUCGAGAAACAAUACAUUCCAGGAUCUACUGUCAUUUGGCUGGUAGGCAACAAGGCAGAUCUAGCUAAGGAUCGGCAAGUGUCAGCGAAGGAGGGACAGAGUCUAGCCACUGACAGGGGCUUGUUCUUCACAGAGACCUCAGCCCUGUCAGGAGAUCAAGUCAAUGAGCUGCUGUUAGCUGUAGCCCACAGAGUGAACGAGUGCAUUGGAGCGCAGCAGGGAGGUCUGUCAGAGUGGCAGGAGCCAGCACUUGUGAAUCUGCGUCAUCAAAACAGAUUCAAUCCUUUUGGAUCCUGCUGCAAAGUUGGGCCAUAAUCCAUGUGGCUGUCAGUUAUAUUGCUGCCUGUUUUUGUUUCUCUCUGUGUGUCCUAAUCAGUUGAAAGCUGGAAUGUGUAUAAAAACAACAACAAAAUAAUUCAAUGAAAAAGUUGUGGAUUCUGAA